GCUCGUGGGACGAAAGUGAGGCAAAGCGGAAUUUAGGAUUUCUUCCAGUGAUUUCUUCCUCUUCCCCUAAAGUUUUCCGGCCAGCAAUUCGUGGCGGGAAAGAUCGCAAAUAAUGGCCGGGAAAUUCAUUAUAUCAUUGCUUAUUGCAGCUAUUGGGUUGGCCCAUGCUGGUAUUGAAAAUGUCAUCCCUCCAGGGCACUUGGAGCCAUUCGGCUCACACAUGGACCCAAUGCCAUUAGAGGAAACUGAAAAUAUCCCUGAUGCAAAAACCUUCUUUGAGAAAUAUGUCCUACCAAUGCGUCCAAUUGUAUUUCGGAAUGCUGCAAAAAAAUUCCCAGCUUAUAAACUGUGGACAGAGGAAUAUCUGAUAGAGAAGUAUGGAGACUUAGAAGUGAGGCUGGAAAACAAAUUAGAGAAGGAAGGCUACACUCCGUCAGGUGCAAAAGGCAUUGGAAGAGAUACAGUUAGAGAAUUUAUCAAUACAUACAAGUCAGCACCAAAAUACAUUGUAUCAGAACUGCCAUCCCCAAUGUACCAAGAUAUGAUGGCUUUGCCCUGCAUGUCCUGUGGACCAAUAAAGAAGCGUAUGGUCGAAAUCGACUUGUGGAUGAGCUCAGGUUCAAGUCAAAGUAUUCUACACAAGGAUGCAUUCCAUACAAUGAACUGUCUAAUAAACGGAACCAAAGACUGGAAAAUCGUCCUGUACAAAUAUGAGAAGGAUGUUUACAAGGCCUACGAGGAGGGAAACCCUGGUGGAGGGUAUUCAAAAAUCAAUGUCCGGAGUGUGGAUAUGAAAAAAUAUCCUAAAAUAUCGACGUUGCCAUAUUACAAUAUCACAGUUCAUGGCGGUGACUGUCUGUUUUUGCCGAAGAGCACUUAUCACCAGGUCAACUCCCUGCCAGGCUUCAAUCUCGCAGUUACCAUUCUCUUUUCCCGAUUCGACUUUGAUCGGCCAACAAACUUUAAAGAUUGCAACUCCACCAAUGAGAAAUUCACGCCUCUGAAUCAUUUUGACAUUGAUUGGCAGUAUCCAGGACGAGGCUAUAUGACAAUGGGGUACUCAGAACUGUUCGGGACAAAGUCAUCCCUGUUCCAAGAUGCAAAGCGAAGGAAGCUAAAAGUCGAUGAUGUUUUAGAAACAUUUUCCAGUUCAGAGGAUCUUUUCACAGGUGAAAGAAUCGACAGAAAUUAUGUUGCAAAGCUUUUUGGGAUUGCUCCUAAUGACGUAAUUACGAAAGCCCACGUAAUGAAGCUGAAAAAGGCGCAAUUACGAAAGAUCGGUGUUGCGAUCCAAGGUGUCAUGGCGUCCAAUUCUUAUGAUUACGAGUAUUAUAAGAUUUCGCCAAGAGAUAUCGCCAGAUUGGUCGCAGUUCUUGUCAAAAGAGAUGGUGCUUUGCGAAAAGAUUCUUUUGUUGAUUGGUACGUGAAGAAGCUCUACGGCACAAAAUUGUAUGGUGAUAAACUAUUCGAGCACAUUGCUGGCAAAGAUUCUGAACAAGUCCCGAAAGAAACUGUCCUGAAAAGCUUCAGCGAGGCAACUCGAAGCUAUGUUGGUGAUGAUGGCAUUGAGGAAUAUAACCCUGAAUCCAAACACAACGAAAAGGAAGACCGAGGGGAUGCCUAUAUUUUUGUGAAGAAAGACUUGCAAGGACUGGAACCCGAUAAAGAUCUGCUGAGAUCUUUAGAAGACCUUGUAUCAGAGUCGCAGGGGGAUGACGGUGGUGAAGAUGAGGAUACCCCUGAAAGUGAAGAAGAAAAUGCAGUCAAGGAUAUGGUGGAAGAAGAUGAGGAGGAAUCCCCGAAUGAAGAUGAAGAUGACGGUAAAGAUGAAAUGGAAGGGGAUUCCAGGAAUGAAGGGGAUUCCGAGGAUGAAGGGGAUGGCAAGAAUGAAGAAGAUUCUGAUGAAGAAUCGCCAGUUGGAGAGGGUGACACAGAGGGAGAUGCCGCGAAAAGAGACGGUGGUAAAAUGGGGAAUGCCCAAAAAAGGGAUGAACUGUAGAAAGUUUGUGUUUUUAAAGUGAUGUUGUUUUGUUGUUUUUGUAUGUUUUCACGUCAUCAUUUUGAUCUGGUAUAUUUAAUAGUCAGAUUUUUGUCUAUCAAUUUUUAUAUUUAAGCUCAAAGAAAUUUA